CUGCGACUACCUAAAUGCAGUUGUUACACCCUCGCCAUGGAUGUCAAGCAAACCGAAUCGUCUUUAUUCAUCCAGAUUCCUUUCACAUGAAGAAAUGAAGAACACUGUGAUCAGAUGCUAGUUCCUGAAAAGGAGACACCUGGUUGUCUAAAGGAAAGGCCAGUGUUACUAGUACAGGAAAGUGCACAGCUCUGCUACAAAAUACAUGUAGACAGUUAAAGAUGCUCAACCAUAGCAGAACCUGCUUCUCUGUCCUGAUGGGAAAAAUGAGGGAGAAAUAUAUAUAACAUAUGAUCAUCAAAAUUAAUUUGUGCAGGCUGUUCAGAAAUCAAUGAUGGAUCCUAUUCACAGAAAAGCUCUCCAGAAGACACGGACAAAACUUGUCUGUGACCUUGACCCUGAUUCUGAACUUCUAGACAUGUUGAUGUCAGAAAGCGUAUUUACUGCCUUAAUGCUUGAGGAAAUAAAGGCUGAAAAGACAAGAGCACAAAGAGUCCGACAUCUUUUAGACAGCAUAGUUAGACGUGGCCCAAGAGCCUACCCAAUCUUUUUAAAAUGCCUGCGAGAUUCUUCACACGAGUCCCUUGCAAACACUAUGGAGGACAUGGAGUAUCAGUUAAGAGGGCUUCCUGUCCCUAACAGGUCAGUGGGUAAAGAGGGUCAAGAUCAAUCAGAAGUCAUUUCCAAUUAUACAACAAUCUAUACAUGCCAGCAUGGUCAGAUUACAAAUCGAGCACAAGGUGAAGGUCAGCCUCAACAACCUUCAUUUGCUGAAACCUUUGGACCACUUGUCCAUCCAAUCCAGCCCUCAGAAGAAAGUAAUCCGUGUGCAAGUUUGUUCACACCCUCCAGUGCAAGCAUCAGCCAAGGACCAGCCAAUCAAAUGCCUGGAAUACAGGAUAUGAAUGAAGGUCAGGCAGCAGCUGGUCAGAGAAAUGAUAACUUGAUGGAAUUGGCAGAUGGUGAGGCUGAACAGGCUCAACCUCCAACAGAACCAGCUCCAACAUUGACUGCAUAUCAGAGUGUUCCAGAGGAGAGGAGAUACAAGAUGGAAUCAACCCCCAGGGGCCUGUGCUUCAUCAUAAACAACAAGAACUACAUAAAUAUGCGUAAUCGUGCUGGGACAGACAUUAACCGAGAUCAACUGCAAGACCUAUUUUUACAUCUCGGGUUUUGGGUUGACAUCCAAAACAAUCUGCCCGGGAUGGAAAUGAAAAGACAGCUAGUCAACUUGAGCAAAUAUGAAGGUUUAAGGCCUGUCGACUCCCUUGUGAUAUGUGUUUUGUGCCAUGGUGACAAUGAUAAUGUGUACGGAACAGAUGGAGUUGCGGUAAACCUUAUAGAAGACGUCUUCAAGAUAUUUGGUCCUCAAUCGUGUCCAGCUCUCAUUGGAAAACCCAAAUUAUUUGUAUUGAAUUCCUGUAGAGGGGAGGCUAGGGACGUAGGAAACCAUUUUGACACUUUUGGUAACAAUAUUGCUGAAUGCAGUCAAGAAACCGAUGUUACCCAUCACCUUCCGCGAAAUGUCCCAGACGUUCGACCAACAAUGCAGCUGACAUUACCGGAAACAAACCCAUCGUACAAAGAUCUCUACAUUGCUUACUCAACUUUUCAAGGUUUUGUUUCCUACAGGGACAAUGACACAGGAAGUUGGUUUAUUGAGAAACUGGUAGAGGUUUUCAAAGAGGAAGCAUCAAUUCACGAAAUUGAUAUUAUGAUGAGAGAGGUUAACCGACGUGUAGCUAGUGAAUAUGAUACCAGCUCUCUAGAAGUGCAGAUGCCAGCACCUUCAAAUACACUGACUAGACAGUGGUACUUCAACCCAGCGUAGCGUUUUUUAAACACUACAAAGACGUUAUAGUGUACAAGGUGUUGUCAUGCGAGAUAAAACAGGAUUAUCCAAACAUAAUGUAAUGCUCUGACCAAAAGGAACGAUUGUUCAACCCUGUAAGUCUCCAAACUGACCAUGAUUAUUCAGCCCUGUGAAACAAAGAAUGUACACGGUUAUUUAUUUGUGUUAAACUCUGAUUGAAGACAUCGUUUUCUUCAACUCUGACCAGCACAUAAUGAAUUUUCAAUUUUAUUUAUUAUUUAACAAUAUUUGUGAAACAGGUUAUCCUAACUUUUAUCAAUCACUCUUGUUGGCCGGAGUGAGGCAACUGUUGGAGUAAGUGAUAUCACUGUGGGAGGAACUUUGAGAUGAUUGCUGUUUCCGUCAUUUCAAACUACGAUUAAACCAUGCAGUAGUUGUCUAAUCAUGUGAAACUUUGACAAGGGAGAGAACUAUUUUGAACUUUGCUUAUAGGAAGUGAUUGUUCAGUACUGAAACUCCACUUGGGAGAAAAUUUUCUUCAAACCUUGUAAAACUUCUUACCAAAAGAUAUUGACUGUUCAAAUCUUUGAACCUCCGUCAAGGAACAAAUAUUCUUGUGAAAUUCAGACCAGGAGGUUUUUCAACUUUGUAGGACAAAGAUUGUUCGACCCUCUCAACCUGGUGGAACUUAAACGACCAGGAAAGGUUAUUCUAGUGCUAUUUUGUGGUAGAUUAACACAGACAACAUUACUUGAACAUUGUGUGUCCAAUAUGACUGAUCAAUAUUGCUCUGACUGGCUUUUGGUCUGUGACGUCAUUAUGCAAUGUCAUUAUGUAUUUGUGACAUCGUGAUUGUAAAGGUAACUUAGUGCACUGACAAGAAUUUUACCAUGAAUUUAAAAUGACAAAACAAAAUGGCUGCUUCUGAUUAAUUUUGCUCAUCAGAUUUUUACUUUGAAACCUUUUUUGAUAAAAAAAGUGUCUCAAAUUCAUUUUCAUUUCAUAUGAGUUUUUGUGAGACUUGCCUCAAAGUUUUAAUUUUUACAUGCCAUUUUUAAACAAAAAUAGAAAAAAUCAUGUAAAACUCAUUAAAUGAAAUCUCAUAUGAAGUGAAAACUCAUU